CUGCUUUGCAAAACUGCAGGUUUACAGGCAAACCAAAUCAAACGUGUAGCUUCAUACAUUGUCUUUACUUUUAUCCUUCAUCAGACUGAAAUCUACAUUUACAUUUUUACAACCUAUUAGAUAUUAGUAAGUAGACCUAAAUUUGAACCCCCCAUGUCUCAACACUUCACACGAGUUUAAAAACGCAAUAUCAGAUUUGUAACAGGAAAAGGCUUCAUUAAAAGUCUUUUGAAACUCAACUAAAAUUCCAACUCUGUUGUAAAAUAUAUUGUGUGACUAAAAAUAGAGGAAAAAGAAAAUUCUAAAAAAUAGGCACAUUGUGUCCCUCUGACAAACUAAACAAGAGCAUAAACUGAGGGUAGCUUAAAUAUCCAUAAUAAUGAAUAUGUAAAUCACAUUUUAAACAAACAUCAAAAACAAGGAAGUAGUGAGUCAGUGUUACUGAACCAGUUGCUGUUCGCACAUCGACAUGGCUGUUUCUCUGAGUUUUCUUCUUAUUCUACCUCUGAUAACAGGUCAGUGGCUUCGCAUUAUACUUAUUACAUUUAUUAUCUCUGUGACCCAAAGCUGUGAACGUCUCCUUCACUGAAACAUGUUCCUGCAAACUUGAAAUUGUUUAAUUUGUGCAGAGUCUAAAAGAAUAAAGAGCAAAUUAUCAGUGAAAACUGUAGCUUCAGUCUGGAUGCUCUAAAAAAAUAUUUUUUGCCUUCAGCAACUAGUUUUAUUUCUUUUGUCGUGUUUCAUAAAUAUGAGUGAUAUAACAUGCAAAACAUAUUUCACUUUUUCUCUUUUUCUUCCAGGAAGUGAAAGUGUGAAGACAAUCACUAAGGUGUCAGUGAAGAUGGGAGCUUCAGUCAGUAUCCCCUGUUCUUAUGAUUUAAAAUACAAAGAUCAUGUGAAAUAUCUAUGCAAAGGAUUUUAUUGGAAUUCCUGCUCAUAUGAAGUUAGAACAGACUCACCACGGGAAACAGGAAAGUAUUCAAUCUCUGAUGACAAAACUCAAAGAAUUUACACUGUUACCAUAAAACAGUUAACAGCUGACACUUAUUACUGGUGUAUUGUGGAGAUUAAUAACGGAGCUGAUGACGGGCAGCUCUUUCAGCUGUCAGUCACCAAAGGUAAACCCAUCCUCUGGGUGGCAGACCAGAAUGUGACUGGAUAUAUUGGCGACAACAUAAACAUAAACUUUUACUACGCUACCUCUGGAGGAAUACAGUGGUGUAAGCUGGGCAGAACAUGUGUGACACAGGAAACUGGAAAAAUAGAUGGAACAGCAGUAACCAUCAACAAGGCUGCAGACAAUGUAUUCAGUGUAACUAUGAGUGGACUGAAGCAAAAGGACAGUGGUUGGUAUUACUGUGUCAGAGGAGAUUUUCAGAUGCCAGUUCACCUGACUGUGACUGUCAAACCCACUGUUGCACCAACUACUGUAGCUGCAACAACUACUGUAGCUGCAACAACUACUGUAGCUGCAACAACUACUAUAGCUGCAACAACUACUGUCACAGGAGCAAGAGACAAUACAACAACAGGUCAUAAGGGAAACAGCCCUUUUCCUGCUCUGAUGAGCCUCGCCAUCCCUCUGAGUGUGCUGAUCUUCAUUGUUAUUGCUGCCUUAUCAAUCCUGUUUGUACUAAGAAGAACCAAACGUGUCAGAAUUAAGGAUUCAACAGCGUCAAAAAAUGAAGGGGAUUUAACAUAUUCAGAAGUCUCUUUCAAGAAAAACAAGGCAGCGCAGGCUGCAAGUGAUACUGACAUGACCUACAGCUCUGUUGUUCCUGUCAAGAAACAGAAUGUGAGAAUGAGUGAAGGAAAAGAUGAGGAUGUUACAUACAGCACAAUCAUUCAUCACAAGCAAAAGGUUUAAAUCUAUCAAAAAUGGUUUUUUUUCUUUUUCUUGUGACUAAGCGCUACCCGAUAUUGUCUGUCUCCACAAGUGUGAAACAAUGACUCAUUGUCUUAGAAAACCUCUGACCUUGUUUUUUUUUUGUUUUUUUUUUUACAUUGGGUAUACAUGUAUAUAUGCUUAUACUCAAGGGGUGAAUAGCAAGUUUAGCUUUUUAUCAUACUAGGCAUCUUUUGUUGCUUCUAAGUAUGAUCUUGUUGAGGAUAGAAUGGGUUUAUAACAACCCAUUCUCAAAAAAUGGAGAAAGUUAACAAGAAGUUAAAUUAGUAAAUACCAUUGUUAUUAUCUAUAAUCAUUUAGUAGGAUGAUUUGCAUGAGCUGUUGCUAAGUUAUGAUCUAUGUAAAUCUGGAAUAAUUAAGACUGAAUCCCUUUACUAAAAUGUUUCUUCUGACUGGCAGUAAUAUAGAACUGUAGAUUAUACCAUGAUGAGGUGCAUUGCUGUUACAGCUCUGCCCUAUGCCUAACUGAACUAAAGAGCUACCUUAAUGAUUUUUCUUUUAGUUUGUUUUAUUUUUCUGUCAUUUUUGGACCACAUUUGAUCACUACUUUCUUUAAAAUAAUAUUAUAAUAUAUUAAAAAAUGUUGGGUGGGUCUAUGAAAUUAAUUUUUCUUUAUAUGUACUGUAUAUAUAAAUGACUACAAAUAUGUCCCUAUUCAAAUCAUGUAGCUGAACAUUGUUUACUGUAGUUCUUAAUCUGGCCGAUAAGUUUGAUAAUAGUAACUUUUUAAAAAUUUGUAACAGAAUAAAGUUAAUCUGGUGAA